UGAUGGCGAAUAACGUGUUAAUGUUGGGCAAGCCUUCGCUUGCAUCAUUUCAGUCUUAUCCCACAAGUCUGCUUAUCUAGAAAAUAAAUAAAUCGUUCGCCCAAGAUCGAAAUCAUCCAGGUUCUCCCUUCAUACCAUUCAUAUUGAUAUUUCUUCUAGUGAUUGUGCUGUUCUGUGUCUGUGUCUCUGUGUAAUCUCCUUUUAAUCUGUGCAUUAUCUACACCCGAUCUCCUUUCAUCACCAGAAUGGAAGAAACUGUCGAUGCCAUGAAAGAGAAUCGAUAUCUACCUGCAGAGGAAGAGACGCUCCCCAUACCUGCUUCUGUCGGCAUUUCGUCACUGCAUGUUCAAACUGAAGGUGAAGGUGUGAAUGUAAGCGCAGUUGUGGAACCGCUUUCCCCUAAUCUGUUUAGGGUGAUGCGUAUCGUCCCUGACAUGCAAGAUUACAGCUUUGUUGAAAAGGUGCAGCUCCCACAAGAUGAAGUUCUAAGCCUCUGUAAUAAGCUUGUGCCCUCUUCUGCCUCGGUUUAUGUAGGUGAGCCCCCGCAGGUUCGUAUCAAUUUCAAUUUACUAGAUCUAAAAUGCUUACCAACUGCUGGGUUCUAUGGAGACAAAAGCAUGAUCAUAAGCGCUUUCCGCAAGGAAAGUCUAGUGGAUGAUUACGUUCUUGCUAAGAUGGAAAGAGGACUAUUUGAAUCGGGAUUGUACGUCAGUCUUCCUGAUAAAGCAAGAAGCGUAGUACUCUUUUACUGGCAUGAAGGUGAGCAUUUUAAGCAGGCUUCCAGAAAAGACGUGUCUUGCAAUUUCAUCAGAUACCUGGUUGAACUUUGUGAUACUGUAUAUGUUUGUGUGCAAGGGAGCUAUUCUUUUGAAGCUCUGGCUACCGCUGCAGCAAAGCCUAGCUCAAAAGAUGAGCGCACGAUAAAUAUUCAAGUCACCAAAGUGAAGAGCUCUGCGAAUGAUGUGGAGCUCUCGCCUGGUUAUAUUGUAAGAAUUGAUGUAGGAGCAAAGAAUAAGAAAUCUUCGUUAGAACCAACUGCAAACGCUGCAGUUCUCAAUAAUAAUGAUGAAACCGUCGUUUUCUGCGAAGGGUAUCAUCGAUGCUGUUUCCUGAUAGCAGAGAAAAGAGCUCCAAGGACGACUACAAAAGUAGAAGAGGUUUCUGUGAAAGCUUCUGGGUUAGGUAAUAUGCUUCAAAUCUGGUCGUCGGCGUCUAAUGUUGAUUACUCCAGGCUCAGUAACGAGCAAUUCGUAGAUGUCCUGAAAAAUUGCCAGCCCCAAAAUUUUGAGAGCUACUCGAAGUUUAAGGAAUCAUUUUUAAACAGAGCGUCAUCCAUAAACACUGCACAAAUUGAUGAGUUUGAGAGAUUUUUUCUCCAAGUCCUUUCAGAAUUUUGCAGUCAUGUUCUACUUUUUGUGGACGACCAAGCUGGCACAACAAAGGAUAAAGAUAGAUAUGCAGAUAUAGAGAAAACGAAAGAAUUGAAUUCUCUCUCCGGGAAAUUUGAAGAACUCUAUCGAGAAGUUUCAAUUAUUUUGACCGGCGAGAACAGCGUUUCAGAUGGAGAUCAGAGGGUGUUGUUGGUCGGAUCGGACAUAAAAUUUAUAGGUAAAGACUGGGAACAUAUAAUUACCAUUGAAAGCUCGGGUCAAGCAAAGCAGACAAUGCCUUUCAUCUGUUAUGGGCAGGAAGUUAAUGCCAAGUGCUCCAGACAGUGCUCCUGCUCCAGAAAGAUCAAUGGAAAGGUGAUGUUCUUGCAGCCUAUCGAUGGGAUUAAAGGCUUCCCUCUCUCAGGUGAGAAAGUUAAAUUUGUUCUCUUUACUCCACCUAAAUCGGGUAAUAUUGGAAAGAUGGAAGUCGAAGGUACUGUUCAUCUUGUCGAUAAGACUUCCUCUGCAUCUGCAAUUCGUAGUUGGGUAGAAAACAUGGUUCCUAUUGAAUUGAGGUCCCUGGACAGAAAUAUACUUUUCGCUAGCUUCAUGCUUGGCUCUCACCAACCUGUUGCUCUAGCCUUUAUUCAAAACCAUUUGGCAACCCAAAAGACGGAAAAUCUGCCAUCGGAGAUCCAAGACCUAUUUGAACAGUUCUGUAAUGUCUCCCCUGCUCAGUCCACAGUUGAUCUAGAGGCCCUCUUGUCUCACGACACUGUGAAAACCGUGUGUGAUCAAGUCUACAAGGACCAGGAACGCAAGUUUAGGGAAAACAUAAAGGAGUUGUCGGGUCUUGUGUUCAAGAAGAAGGCAGAGGCUAGUUUAGGCAAGGCAGAGCAGAAGCGAUUCAGAAAAGCCGAGGAGGAGUUUCUACAGGAAAAGAAGAAGAUGAUGUCCACGGUAAAGAACGACAAUCUAGUUACCAGGUACAUUGAAGAAGUUACUACUAAACGUCAGUGGCCUCCAUUUUCGUGGUUAUGGAGCUCGACUCCCCAGCAACCGGAUCUGAAGGUGAAAGUUUCAAUUGUGGAGGAGCAUCCCUUUGCUCUUGUCUAUAAAGUAUGUGAACUGACUCCAAUGAGGAAGGACAUAUCUGAUCUUAGUAGCAACCGUGAACGUCCAAUUGUCCCAACAUGUGGAGCGUCAAUAGACUUAGCAGCCAUUGAUCCUCAGAAUGAAAAAUUAUUUAAAGUUGUCGCCCUCAAGUCGGGAGAGCUGAUUGUUUUCAUUCACAGUUUUGACGAUUCCGCAAUGAACCUAUAUCGUUGUCCCAAGAUUGGUUUUAACAUAAAUAAGAUGAGUCGUCCUAUUUAUACAUUUAGGAGAGGAUUCGAUUUAUUGGCUGUAGAUGAAGGUACCAGAUCUAUGGCUCUGUAUGAAAAAGAUAUGUCAAAGAUUGUAAUAUAUAGGUUUGAUGAGUCAUUUGGGAAUGUCCAUGGGACUGGAGUUGAGGUCAAUCUGGAAUCAUAUGAAGGGAGCAAGACCAUUGUGUGGAUACAUUCAAUUCCGGGGAAAAUGGAGCUGCUCUUGGUCGAUGACUCCAACAGAGUAAGGGUUGUUGAAAUACACGAGAAGCCGACAAUGAGGGCAAAGUAUAUUUCUCUGCCUUCGCAACAUAAUUCUUUCAAAGCAACUGUGUCUGUUGACGGCUAUUUCCUCCUCGUCUUCAGGAAGCUUCAAAAACCCGGUAAAGAUAUUGAUACCACCGGUGCAAGCUCUGAAAUGAUACUUGAAAUUUAUGUUCUGGGCGAUACCAUGAGCCACUUGAAGACAAUCCCUCUGAGUCUGAGUGCACAAGAAUACAGUAUAUGUGAUUUGGAAAAACUUGGGGCCAAAAUUACCAGCUUCGGAUCACAAAGACAACUUUUGUUAUAUAGUCCUGUAGAUGCUCCUGGUAUUAUUUUUUCCAAUGUCCUGAAAACUGUUUUAGCUGCGGAAGUUGUGCAGUUGCAACAAGUAGAUCAGAGUAAAGCUCCUGAAGAUCAGACAGAAAUUGCUUUGUCAUGCCCCUAUUUGGUUUACAUAUAUCACAUUUUUGACAAGUUUGCAACAACACCCACGUUGUUUCCAGAGGCUAAGAAGCGCAUCGCAUUCAAAGUGGUACUGGAACAGAGCAUAUCAGAUGGUGGCAAUGUGGCAUGCGUCAGAUACUUAAAAGCACUUAUUGGAAAGCUUAAGGCUGGGAAAGACAAAGAUUUUUCAAGAAUGGAGAUUCAAUUUGAAGUGAAUGAUGCAGAGAAUUACCAAAUUUCAGCCUCACCAGAGCAGCAGAGACAGGUCAAAAUGGGAAUGUGGGUUCGCAAGCUUCUUUGCCUUGUUCCCAUUCAAAUAGCUCGUGCAGAAAACAAUGCAAUGGCAGCUCUUAGGGAUGGACUUCAACUGCCUCCUAGUGUUAGAUACAUGGACAGCGUAUCACUUGCUAACUCUAUACGCUUUGGAUUCUAUGAUGCUGUUCUUAGCAGUUGGAAGGGCAAAAUUAAGGUUAUAUCUUCCAUGGGAAAACAAAGUAGCGGAAAGUCAUAUUUGUUGAAUCAUCUGUCAGGGUCUCUUCUUGAUGUUGCAGGUGGGAGGUGUACAGAUGGUGUGUGGAUGACCAUGGUAACAGGCGAAGAUGAAGAUGACAGCGGGGAAAGCAGGUGCUUGUAUGUGCUUUUAGACUUCGAGGGGCUGGGCAGUUUUGAGAGAAGUGAACAAGAGGAUAUGCUUCUCUCUGUUCUUAAUGCUGCUGUCAGCAACAUCACAAUAUUCAACAAAAAGGAUUUUCACUUAGAUAAGGACACAGAAUCUACUUUUAGCCGGUUCCAAAGUGGGAUCAAUCUACUCAAGCCAGAUAAAAAGUUAUUCAAGGGUCUAUUUUACAUUGCCAUCAAGGAUGUAGACACAUCAGAUGUGGAAGAUCUUAUCCAAGAAUUUUAUGAGAAGAUUUCUCAAAUAUGCAGAAAAUCACAGGAGAAUUUCAUUUUAAAAAUGUAUGGUGGAAAGGUCGAGAUUGCUGCUAUGGCUCCUUACAAUAGAUCUGAGUAUUAUAAAGAGAGCUUGAGGGAGCUAGCAGAAACGGUGGAAGAAAGAGUUGAUUUUUGCUAUGAUUAUGGAUUCACUUUCUUGAGGGAUUUGAAGCUUAUUAUAGCUCAAAUUGUAACCAAAGACUCGGCUUCUACUGAUAGUAAGCGAGUUGCUGCAACAGUUGAUAUCUUGAGGAGAAAUCUUAUACCUGCGGUCCACAUGGGGUGUCUUUCUGUGAAAAGUGAGAAUGAAAAACUUCAGAAGUUGGAAAAUUUUGACACGCAGGAAGAAGUUCCGGAUUUUCCUGUUGUUGUCCGGGAUAAAACAUUGAACAUAGAAGAUUCGGGGCUCUGUCUUUCACCGUCUACAGAAUUACCAACUCCUGAUACUAUCAGACAAGUUUUAUCUCAAAUCAAGUCAGAAGUGGAGAUGGUUUUCUCCAGGUGUGGAACAAACGAGGACGAGUGGCAUUCUUUAUUCCAGAACUUUCUAGAGGCGCUGGCAGACAGAAGACAUGACAGAGUUCAGCAAUGGAUAAGUUCAAAUACAAUAGAUGUCUCUGAUAAUGAUGAGAUGCAAAAGUUGAAGCUAGAGGCCAACGUGGCUCUUAGCAAAAUAAGGCAAGGCCUAUCACUUUGUACAUGCAAAUGUUCUGUUUGCUUUUGGAAGUGUGUGAUGGAGAAGGGUCAUGACAACCAGCAUGAUUGCAUGGGGAGUCAUUCAUGUACAGAAAAUUGCAGUUAUUGUGCUCGAGAAGAAAACAGCUUGAACCUAUGCGGGGAUUUGGCAGGGCAUGAAGGAGAUCAUGAUUGCAAAAAGAAAAACCAUAAUACUUGCGGUGACAGGUGUUACUUUUAUAAGAUGUCUUCAAAUUGUAACGAGCUGUGUUUACAGAAGCCAGGGCACUCCGGUAAGCACAAGUGCAAUACCCCUGGACACAUUUGCAACAGAAGAUGUUGUCUUCCAAGGUGCAGUAAUCCCUGUGCUUUGCUGGUUGAAUCCAACCAUAUAAUACAUCGUUGCCAUGAAAGACACUGUGAGAGCACAUCCACAACAACUGGGUGGAACAUGACAUGUGGGUGCAACAUGACAUGUGGAAUUAAAAAUCAUUUCCAUGAUUUUGUAUUUAAAUGCAAAUCAUUUCGGUCGGAAUGAGCAUGCCUGCACCCAUGAGGUCGGCAAUCAAACCGCCCCGCGAUCCUUUUGAUCACCAAAUUGUGUCAGAGAAAAAUGGCCUACGCAUUGCCUGUUGCAUUCACAUUCCUCCUUACAAAGAGAUCAUCGAGAUCGACAUGUUCACAAACAGAAGAGAAGAUUAUGUGUAUUUUUGUGACACCGGAUGCCAAUCUUGCGGUGACUUCUGCCAGGUCCGAAUAGAUCACUCAGGCUUGGGGAAUACAAUGCAUGAGUAUAUGGGAAACGAAAAAUGUGUUGUGUUUGGUAUUUUUUCUAAUUUUAAUCUAUGUUUAAAAGUAUUUUUGUUUAUCUUUUAUUCGAUUUCAUUUAAUGCAGCAAAUAAUUUUUGAUGU